UAAAACAAUGCUUCUUGCUUCUUUCUUCUCUUUCAGAGAGAGACCAUUGCCAUGGGAACCCCGGAGACAACACGCGAGCCCUGCCCUGAUCGCAUCCUCGACGAUAUAGGCAGCGCUUUCGGCAUGGGAGCCGUUGGAGGCUCCGGCUUUCACUUCAUCAAGGGCUUCUUCAACUCUCCCAAGGGUUCACGCCUCGUCGGCGCGUCACAGGAAGUGCGUCUCAACGCGCCGAGAAUGGGCGGAAGCUUUGCGGUUUGGGGUGGACUCUUCUCCACCUUCGACUGCACCAUGGUCUAUGUUCGUCAGAAGGAGGAUCCAUGGAACUCAAUCAUAUCUGGAUUCGCUACGGGAGGAUUUCUCUCCCUGCGUCAGGGACCCGCCGCCGCCACGCGCUCCGCCGUGUUCGGUGGUAUCUUGCUGGCCCUUAUUGAAGGAGGUAUGAUCAUGUUUAACAAGGCCGUCUCUGCACGGCAGAUGCCGCCUCUCACAGAGGAGCCUAUGCUGGCUGGUUACCCUUCAGGUGGCAUAUUUCCGGGUCAGCACGGUCCUCAGCCUUAUCCGCCGACGGCCUCGAAAUUGGAGGCUAAAACUUCUUGGUUUGGUGGAUUCUUCGGUGGAGGGAAGAAGGAGGAGCCGGCGUCUGGUGGAGGAAGCCAAACGAAGAUUCUGGAGAGUUUUGAUGCCCCACCGGUGCCGAAUUUUGAGUACAAGUGAAAGAAACAAAAAAAAAAAAAACAGAGAAAUAAUUGGUCUUGGUGGGAAACAAAUUCAAGGGUUAGGGUUAGAGUUUUUUUUACCGAGAUUUUCGUAUCAAAGAUUAUUGUGUCAGAGAAGUAGAGUUUUCAAUUAACGUGUUCUUAAAUUGAUACUGUUAUGCUAUAUUGCUAUGUAGCUUGAUUUUGUCGCCAAAGUAAGAAAAUUUUAGAAAGAUAAAUGAAUUCAGGUAGCAUUGCACGAUUAAUUUUUUUGGAUAUUGGAUAAAAAUUGGUGUAAUCCUUUAAUAUUGGAAGU